GUCGAGAGCGUUCGUCGGCGCUGCCAACUUUGCAGCGUUGAGCGAGAAAGAGAGAAAAACAGCUGCUGCAUAUGACAGCUGUCUCGGAGUCGUGUCCAGCGACGAGAGAUCCGGCUUCAUUUACGAGACUCGGAACGGGCGACACAUGUGGUAUCAAAGUUUUUAAACUGAUGUUUCUUUAAGAAAAGAUUGCAACGAUGUUCUCUGCUAUAAAAAGACUAGCCGGGAAAUCCGAUGGAGUCGGUAAUGUUUCUCCCAGACCAGCCCAUCAAUCCAUGCCGACGAAUCUUCAACGGAAGUUUGCCAAAGGCGUACAAUAUAACAUGAAAAUAAUAAUAAAAGGGGACAGGAAUGUAGGAAAAACAUGUUUAUUUCAUAGACUGCAAGGGCAAAAAUUUAUUGAAGAGUAUGUACCCACAGAAGAGAUACAGGUAGCGAGUAUACAGUGGAAUUACAAAGCCACUGACGAUGUAGUCAAAGUGGAGGUAUGGGAUGUCGUAGAUCGUGGUAGACGCCGGCGGAAGUUAGACGGUCUGAAGAUGGACAACACUCCAACUAAUGCAGAGAACGCUAUCGAGGAGCCCGCCUUGGAUGCCGAGUUUCUCGACGUUUACAAAGGCACCAAUGGUGUCAUCAUUGUCAUGGACAUCACAAAGAACUGGACGUUUGACUAUGUCCAGCGCGAGUUGCCGAAGAUACCUAGCCACAUACCCGUCAUUGUCCUCGGCAAUCACUGCGACAUGUCGCAUCACAGAACUGUCACCGCGGAUCACGUGACAUAUUUCAUAGACUCACUGCACGAGAGACUAGCACAAGUGAGAUACGCAGAGUCAUCGAUGCGAAAUGGCUUUGGUCUAAAAUUGUUGCAUAAAUUUUUUAAUCUACCGUUUCUACAGCUGCAACGCGAGACACUGUUGAAGCAGCUCGAAACUAACGAGGAGGAGACGCGUCUUACUAUUCAAGAGCUUGAUCUCUAUCAGGAAAGUGACGACGCUGACUACAACAAAUUCCUAGAUAAUCUCGUGAACCGUAGAAGAGCUCUCGCCGACUCAGUGUCCGCCAGCAGUCUAGUCUCAAAUAUUAUUCCGUCGUCAAUGAGUAACUAUCACCUUGCCCCUUCCAACGCGAAUAGCGUCGGAGAGGUCAAGAGAUCGGCCUCGAUGUCCGGUCCGAUUGGCGGUGGAACUCCAAUACCGGUGAAAAAUUUAGAGAUGAAGUCAUUACCGAGGAAAGAAAUCUCGAUGGCGAGCACAUCAGACAGCGUACCUAAUUCCACGAAAACAUCGCAGAUUGCGGCGUUAUCUAUUUCGCAAAAUUCUGCUGUUAAAAUAGAAGUGGCUAAAUCGGCUGAAUCUGUUAAUAACAAUAAUAGCGAGAGAAGGGAUUCCCUCAAUCGGUCAUCGUCACUCAUGUCCAAGAUCUUCGGUCAUAAAAAGGAAGACGAGACAGACGGUCCAAAACUGCCAAAUCUUAAAAAUGUUAGUUUAAAAGAACCAUUGACUAGCGUUGAAGAUUUUGUGCCGGAUGGAAUGCUGGACAAAUCAUUUUUAGAAGGUUGCAGUUUGAGCUCCAACUCCCUCACCCCGGAGCCAGAUGUUGCGCCAACUCAAGAAGAUGCAGAGUCUGAAAGUGAUAUGGAGACUGGUAAUCCAUUAGUUGCUGGUUAUGAAGAUGAUUUAUCAUCCAUCGAGGAAGUAAUUUCUCCUGUACAACCAAAAUUGACAGAGAAUCCUCUGUCCAAACAGAAACACAAAUCAGAACCAUUAGCAGAUCCAGAGAUAAAUAUCGAGAAGCCAAAACAAGUUGCGAAACGCGACUCUGUUUCCUCUAUAGAGCAAGAAUUGCGUAACUCUAAUGAAUAUGAAUCGAACGAGCAGUCAGACAUAAACUCGGACGCUUUUGAUAGCUGGUUGCGACGAGAUUCGAAAUGGCGGCAAAGUCCUGAAGGAGGUGAAGACGUGAGUAGCACCAGUACGAGGAAGGAUAGACUGGAACUGAGCGACAAGAGUUUGGACGUGAGCGUGACGAGUUCCAAUGUUCAUUUGGAGCUGCUUGAUGACCCUAGUAUGCGUCACGUAAACUCUAAUGCUAGUAGUCCGGUAAUGAAGGAGAAAAAGAAACACAAAGAAAAGGGGGAUGAGAAAGAGAAGAGGAAAAAGAAGAAGUCAAAAGACAAGGACAAGGACAAAACGGAGAAAACCGAAAAGAAGAAGAAGCGCUCAUCGCAUCGCUCGAAGGAUGAAAAUCGAGAGCGUGACGAGCUUGAAGAGUUUUUGAACGGUUCAGUCACGAGAAUCGGUGUUGAUGUGGCCUACGAGGCAAUUUAGCGUUCCAAAAGCAUUAUCAGUAAUGAUUUUUAAAAAUCAAACAUCUUCCAAAAAAAAGACUUUGCUCUCUUUGAUGUAAUGUAUGUUACAAUCCCCAAAAAAUGAAGAAAGAUUAUUUUUUCGUGAGAAAAAGAUAAUGCGUUUCGGGAUUGUGCUAUUAAUCUGCAAAAGAAUAUAUUCAUUUUCCGCAAACUCUGCGAAACAUCCGUUUUGGGGUUGUCUUUGACCCGGUUUCAACAUUUCGGUCUGCCAUGAUAAAAAUUGUGAUUUUGCCGAAGAACAUAUACAUUUCAGCAGUCAAACAUGCACUUAUUUAUAUUGCAUUUCCGAUUUUGGAUAUUUAACAAUUUUUAACAAGCAUUUAAAAAGUCAUGUACAUGGUGAUAAGUUUGUUGCGUGAAUGACUGUAAUAGGAAAAUAUCUUAUCCUGUACGUGAUAUGACGACAUUGUGACAUUAUACAUAUAAUGGCAUACUUAUGAAAUUAUUUAUUAUAUUUUUUAUUUUUAAUAUCUGUGUUCACUUAUAUUAAGAUUCAUAUGUAUAUUUAUCGUUGAUAUCAUUUAUAAAUUUUCUCUUUAGCUUAACGCAUGCUCUGUCCUUGUUGAAUAUGAUUUUUUUACAGAAAUUAUCUACUAUAUAAAAAUGUUAUGUUAUUGUUGUAUUUUUCAUAACAGUGUAUAGUAUUGUACAAUCAUUGCAGCUUCAUGUUAAUAAAUGUAUAUAAAACAA